AUGAUCUCCCGCGUCGGUCUCCGUGCUGUUCCCCGCGCCAACGUCGUUGCGCGCCGCUUCAACUCGACCAAGACCCCCGCCAAGCAGGGCGGCUUUGCUGAGUUUGGGCCCUUCCUCAAGCGUGUGCCCGUCGAUGUCAUUCCCCUCCUCGCCGCCGUGUCCUUUGGCUGCGGCCUCGGCGUUUACUACGGCCUGAAGCAGUUCUGGGUCGACCACACCCUGCGCUUGAAGCGUACUGGCUAA